AACCUCAAAAAUUCAGCGUGCUUUGAAAACAAAAGUGGUGCAAUAGACGCUCGAAAAAAUAGUGUUUUUUACCAUAAAGUCACCCUAAAAUUAGUGUAUUUUGUAGUGAAAGUGCUUCAAAAAGUGUUCAAGUACUUUUUUCUGUAGAAAUUUUGCUAAAUGUUACUGUCUUUCUGUCUGGAAAAUUACUUUCUUUGGGGGGUAUUGAAUGGAAGUCCGUACUAACCUUUCCCACUGUUUUGUCUUUGCACUCAUCACGACGAAGGUCUGCGAUAUCAAUUUCUUGGCCUGCUUUUAGAAAAUUAAACAACAGCAGAGUUGGAAGAGUCUUAAGAGAUAUUUAAGCUAUAAAUUCGAGUGAUUUUAUUGAAGAAGACAGGCUUGAAAUUGGUGUGGAAGUUGCAGUGAAAAUUUUGUAGUAAUUCUCAAGCUUUGCCAAAGAGAAUAAUGUUCAGCAAAUUUGGUGGAUGUGGUUGGCAUGGUUGCAGAAGGGCUUUCAUCAAAGUCUUCCGAAGGAAAUACCAUCAUGACUUAAUAGACAUAGCUCCAGAAGUCUCUGAUGCUCUGAGGAAUUCUCGUCCAAUUGUGGCUCUAGAAUCGACAAUUAUCACUCAUGGAAUGCCACAUCCUCAAAAUUUUGAAACAGCCCUGGAGGUGGAGGAGAUUGUGAGGGCUGAGAAUGCGAUUCCAGCUACCAUUGCAAUUCUCAAUGGGAGGAUCAAGGUUGGUCUCAGCAGGGAUGAAUUGAGGGUUCUUGCAUCACCUGAGUUGCAAGCAAUUAAGACAUCCCGUCGCGACUUGGCAUAUAUUGUGAGCAAGGGUGGUUAUGGGGGUACAACAGUGGCUGGUACACUGAUUAUUGCCAAUACUGUGGGGAUUCGGAUUUUUGCCACAGGCGGAAUUGGGGGUGUACAUCGGGAUGGGCAUGUGACAAUGGAUAUUUCGGCGGAUUUGGUGGAGUUGGGACGAACGCCUGUGGCUGUGAUUUCAAGCGGUAUCAAGUCAAUCCUCGACAUUCCACGUACCCUCGAGUAUCUGGAAACGCAGGGUGUAUGCGUAGCCACAUGGCAGUGUCCUGAUUUGGACUUUCCGGCUUUCUACACGCGCAAAAGCGGUGAAAAGGCCAACAUUAAUUUCAAUUCAGCCCUCGAGGCGGCUCAAUUGAUUGAUACAUCGGUGAAAAUGAACCUAAAAUCGGGCAUUUUAAUUGGUGUACCAAUACCGGAAGAAUUUGCAAUGGAUGAAUCACUAAUCAAUGAUGCCAUCAGCAAUGCAGUGAAAGAGGCAUGCGACAGGGGCAUUGCUGGAAAAAGGGUCACACCAUACCUUCUCAGUGCCAUUGGGAAAAUCACAGCAGGACGCAGUUUAGUGGCAAAUAUGGCUUUAAUAAAGAAUAAUGCCAAAAUAGCUGCACAAAUAGCUGUGGAAUUGAAUGGGAUUAAAAGGGGUGCACUAAUGAAUACAACAUCGGACAGCACAGUUCGAGAUAAUCUCCACAAUUAUUGCCCGACUAUCAUUGGAGGCUCUAUUGUCGAUGUUUGCUACACUGUGCUCGAGGAUAAAGCUAUUGAGAUGAAUGGUGCCACAUACAAAUCAAGGAUGAAAAUCUCAGCUGGUGGCGUUGGACGAAAUUUGGCAGAAGGCAUCAGCAAACUCCAUGGGAGGACACGAUUCAUCUCAGCUGUGGGCGAUGAUCAAAAUGGUGUAUUCAUCCGCAAUCUUAUGCCCAAAUUGUGCAUCACUGACUCCCUAAUUAUCAAUUCGAUUCAUCCUACGGCCAAUUGCGCUGUUGUUCUGGAUUCAGCUGGCGAUUGCAAAGUCGUCGUUGGUGAUAUGCAAAUCCAUUCUUCAAUCACACCAGAUUUGAUUGAAAGGAACGAAAAGGCCAUUGUGGACAGCCCUAUAAUUGUAAUCGAUGCAAAUAUCUCCCAUGAAACCAUGGAGAUGGUAUUCAAGCUGUGCCAAAAAUACGAGAAACCUGUCUUCUUCGAGCCCACGGAUAUGUUGAUCGCCUCGAAGCCUUUCGAAUUGGGCCAGGAGCUCUCCAAGGUCAUCAAAUUCAUCUCUCCAAAUAUCUACGAACUCUGUGCUUUGGGGAAUUUUUUUGGGGGCACUGGGGUGUCUUUUGAUGAGAUUUCCCGCCUGGAGAAGCAAAAUGAAGUGCUGGAAUUCACUUCUGAGAUGAGCAGAGCAAUCUUACCGCAUGUGGACACCAUUGUUCUUACACUUGGACACCAUGGGGUAGUUGUGGCUACGAAAAAUUCCCCAAUUCGAGGAUUCUUCCGAGAGGGAGAUUGUCCGUUGUAUGCCCCGACACUUGGCAGUACUUCUGGGAGAUUCUAUCCAGCGGAGAUGGUUCCCAACAUUGUCAGUGUUUCAGGAGCUGGAGAUAGCUUCGCCAGUGGAUUUAUUGCUGCAAUGUUGAGGGGGAAGAGUGAAAGUGUUUGUGUUUCUGUGGGAUUUGAGGCAGCAAAAUUGACACUGGGAUCACCAAAAACUGUUCCUGAUCAUCUCUUCGACAGCAAUCAUUGGUGCUGGACACGUGCUCUAAGUUCCAAGGAGGUCUUCUGAUUUUUUUUUUACAAUUUUUCUAGAUUUAUAUUCGCAAAGUUUACUCAAUUUUGGUUUUG